GUCCUGUAUUAAUUAAAUGGAGGUCUUAAUUAAGAUGAGAUGAUUUCAUGACACACUUCCCAAAAUAAAUGGUUUGUAUGUCAACUGACACUUGUAUGAGGACAAGUGUAUGCUUUGUGUACGAGUCUGGUUGGAAGGUUGUGUGUAAGGGAGGUGAUCGUUUGUAUGCAAGUCAUGUGACAGACUGUGGACAUGUAUUCCUGGUGUCUGAGGUCAUCUGACAGACUGUGGACAUGUAUUCCUGGUGUCUGAGGUCAUCUGACAGACUGUGGACAUGUAUUCCUGGUGUCAAAACCAUUGAUAAUUUAUGUAAUUUUAAUGAUGUGAUCAUUCCCAUGCUCCAGUCAUUACGCUAUGACAUGGUACUCACCUGGGGGGUGGGGGGCAUAAGAGGUUCUCACUUAUACUAAGUGAACUAGCCAAAUAAAUAAAUGGUACAAAAACUAUGUUCAUGAACAUUACUG